AUGGCACAAGACUCGCCUCGCGUUGACGAGUCGGGAACCCCAACACGAAGCAACGAAAUAUCCGUAAGAAUUGGUAGCGGAUUUGGCGACGGACCCCAGACAACUCUGACCGCCUCAGAACGCAAUAAGCAAAAUAAAAGAAAGGGAGACAUACUUCUUAGUGUGGGAGGAGAGCAGACAACCAAGAAGAACAAGAGUGGCGAGCUAUCCAACGAAUUGAGCGGUUCGGCCAAGGAAAUUCAUGAUCAGUGCCCCCCCUUGGAAGUUUCAAACAUAUCGCAGAAGCUGCAGCAGGAGGGGAAAGACGUGGGGCGAGAUCUCGGGAUCUUCCUGGAAGGUGAUCUGGUGAUUCUUAAGCUGCGGGGACGCGAUAUUCCUGCUGCCGAUGCAGAUUCUGCGGAGGUCAACCUUUUCAAAUCGGCUCUGGCGGCGGCACUUAUGCUUACAGAAAACAAACACCCGGCGGAAACAUGGUGGCGAUGGGCCGCUCAGCAAAUAGACAUGUUCCUGAGAAAUCGGGAAACCUGCGACGGAGAAACUGCUGUCGACAUUCGAGAACUGCUCCGCGGCACGAGACGCCGGGAUGGCGACGAGCGUCCACGGGGAGAGCAAGAUGAUACACCACAGACUGGCGAGGGGCAGGAAAAUGGGAAACUUGCAAGACAAUACCCGAAAAGCAUGAAUAUGCCGGGUGGAGGAAAAGCCCUGGCUCCGAGGGGAUCAAAAAGCCUGAUAUCCACGAAGACGCCGAUUGAGAAGGGGAUGGCCUUGAAGGGUCGAAAGAAGGUCCGAAGACCCCUGAGCGAGGUUUUCCCCACGCUACCCUUCGACCACCCUAACCAAUCAAAGGUGGUGACUAAGGCCCAACUAUAUGCUUUCAUUAAAGAAUAUCCGACACAGAAACAGAAACGUCACGAGCUCCUUCCGAAAUAUUUCAACCCCCGUGGGUAUCUAUACCUGCAGGGGAUUGGUAAGGAGCUCGUCAGCGAAUGGGUUACCCGAAUGGAAGUGGUUGUCAAUACUGGUGCUGCCUGGCCCGAGGACCUGCUCUCCCGUACUGUCAUGAGCAACAUCCUGGCAUGGUAUAGCAGGACGGUCGCCCACUAUUCUACCAACAAUGCGAUCUGCAAGGGGGUUCGGCGGGCGAAACUGGAGGAAAGACGCGACCCGAAUACGGGGAGGUUCCUGAAUACAGAUCAUGGCGUUCGACCUUUCGAUGAUCUGGGAGUCGGCAGAACGCAGACCUUCAGCAGGGUACAGUCAACCGAGAUCAAAUACCUUCAGAAGGGACAGGCCGAUGAAAGAAUGAAGCGAGAACGGAGAGACAGAAUGCUGUCUACGCUUCAUCAGCUCCUGGUGGGAGACAUCGGGGAAUUCCUUGCAGAAUCCGAGGAGCUCAUGGCGCGAGAUGCGGAAGAAUUAGAUGAGGAUUAUGCAGAGAUUGCGAGGCUCUGGAUGGGAAUCUGA